AUGGAGGACCCUUCCCGCAUAUUUAACGGUGACGAAUCCGGAUUUUCACUGUGUCCAAAAACAGGAAAAGUCCUUGCUCCUCGCGGAUUUAAAAAUGUUUAUUCCAUUAAACAAGGCAACGAAAAGGAAGCCUUAACAGUACUAGUAACAUUUAAUGCCCGUGGUAACAUUUGUCCUCCACUUGUUGUUUUUCCGUACGUCAGACCUCCAAAAACAUUGAUAAAUAAUAUGCCAGAGAAUUGGGUGUUAGGAAAAUCCGACAGUGGGUGGAUGAAAAGCGAUGUCUUUUUCGAAUAUAUUUGCAACGAUUUUAACAAGUGGCUUACGGACAACAAUAUUAAGAGGCCUAUAAUAUUAUUUGUUGAUGGACACAGAUCACACCUUAAUAUAUUCCUAAGUGAAUUUUGUGACAAAAAUGGAAUAAUUUUGUAUGCCCUUCCUCCAAAUACCACUCACAUCCUACAGCCAGCGGAUGUUAGUGUAUUUCGGCCACUAAAACAUGAAUGGAAGAAGACUGUCAGGCAAUGGCAAAGUGAACAAGACGUUAAUACCGCUGUGACAAAAAUAAAUUUUUGUCAAGUAUUUGAGCAGACGUUAAAUAAAGUAGAUAUGGAACCAUGUAUUACUAAUGGCUUUCGAAAAUGCGGCUUGUUUCCUUUAGAUCCAAACAAUGUUGACUACACUAAAUGCGUUAAAAAUGAAUUAGAAAGAAAACGCCAUGACGUAGAGCCCGUAGAGAAAAUAAGCUAUGAGGACACUGAAGCAGCAAAAAAAGUGAUUAAAACUUUAGAAAGAAAACUAAAAAAUAGUGGUAUUGAUACAGACAUAAUUUAUAAAGCAAUAAAUAAUUUGUCAUUUGAUGCUAGUAAUUGCGGAGGUGCUAGACAAGAAAAAAAAAUACAUGUUAUAAGCAACAUUACCAUCAAUAAGCAGGAUACGAUUCCGGAUAAUUUAAAUAAUACCUUUCUUUUGGAAAUAGGAACCUUAGUACCCAUGGAGUCACUGAAUAUUAUUCCUAUUGAUGAAAUAGAUGUUAUAGCAUUAGAUAAUGUCCCCAUAAAUGAGCUAUUUGAAGAACCACGACAGCCAGGAAUACAAAAUGUUGAUAAACAUGUGUGA